AUCCCGAGGGCCAAUGGGCGCGCACCGUGGUGCUCCGCCGCCAAAGCUUGCGCGGGGGAAGCGGGGCUGUAGCUAGGCAGGGAGAGGGCGAUCGAAAUCGGCAGCGGUCUCGGCUGCCGCGCUGCCGGCGCUGCCACCGCUGCCCGGCCCGCGGGGCGCGCCCUGACCCUUCCUCUUUGGGCAGGCUCGAGGGCGCGCGCACGGUCGGCGUUCCGGGGCCUCAAACUCCUGGGCCUUGACCGGGCAGGCCGCGUCUCCCUGGGUGUGAGUCCACCAGGACCUGGCCGCCGCCAAGCGCGGGCGCCACAGAAGCGACGGCGCCCGAAGACGCACUCCUGGCUCGGCCCGACAGCCUCGCUUGGCCGCCAGUUCUUCUGCAGCCGAAGGCGGUUGUUCUUUUAAAGAAUUAUUGAAGACGAAGGUUUUUUUCUUUUUUUCUUUUUAUUUUUUUAAUGGCUUUACAGAAUCUUAAAUAGAAUACAGUUUGACAUGACGGCAAAAAAUGUUGGUUUGACUUCCACAAAUGCAGAAGUAAGAGGAUUUAUAGAUCAGAAUCUCAGUCCAACAAAAGGCAACAUUUCAUUUGUUGCAUUUCCAGUUUCCAAUACCAACUCACCUACGAAGAUUUUACCAAAAACCUUAGGACCAAUAAAUGUGAAUGUUGGACCCCAAAUGAUUAUAAGCACACCACAGAGACUAACCAGUUCAGGAAGUGUUCUGAUUGGGAGUCCAUAUACCCCUGCACCAGCAAUGGUUACUCAGACACACAUAGCAGAAGCUACUGGCUGGGUCCCUGGUGAUAGAAAACGGGCUAGAAAAUUUAUAGACUCUGAUUUUUCAGAAAGUAAACGAAGCAAAAAAGGAGAUAAAAAUGGGAAAGGCUUGAGACACUUUUCAAUGAAAGUGUGUGAGAAAGUUCAACGAAAAGGUACAACAUCAUACAAUGAAGUCGCUGAUGAGCUGGUAUCAGAGUUCACCAAUUCAAAUAACCAUUUGGCUGCUGAUUCGCAGGCUUACGAUCAGAAGAACAUUAGGCGAAGAGUUUAUGAUGCUUUAAAUGUGCUAAUGGCAAUGAACAUAAUUUCAAAGGAAAAAAAAGAAAUCAAGUGGAUUGGCCUGCCUACCAAUUCUGCUCAGGAAUGUCAGAAUCUGGAGAUAGAGAAGCAGAGGCGGAUAGAACGGAUAAAGCAGAAGCGGGCCCAGCUGCAAGAACUUCUCCUGCAGCAAAUCGCUUUCAAAAACCUGGUACAGAGAAAUCGACAAAAUGAGCAGCAAAACCAGGGCCCCCCGGCUCUGAACUCUACUAUUCAGCUGCCAUUCAUAAUCAUCAAUACAAGCAGAAAAACAGUCAUAGAUUGCAGCAUCUCCAGCGACAAGUUUGAGUAUCUUUUCAAUUUUGACAACACCUUUGAGAUCCAUGAUGACAUAGAAGUACUAAAGCGGAUGGGAAUGUCAUUUGGCCUAGAGUCAGGCAAAUGCUCUCUGGAGGAUCUGAAACUUGCGAAAUCCCUGGUGCCAAAGGCUUUAGAAGGUUAUAUCACAGAUAUCUCCACAGGACCUUCUUGGUUAAAUCAGGGACUACUUCUGAACUCUACCCAAUCGGUUUCAAAUUUAGACCUGACCACUGGUGCCACCUUACCCCAGUCAAGUGUAAACCAAGGGUUAUGCUUGGAUGCAGAAGUGGCCUUAGCAACUGGGCAGUUCCUGGCCCCAAACAGUCACCAGUCCAGCAGUGCGGCCUCUCACUGCUCCGAGUCGCGAGGCGAGACCCCCUGUUCGUUCAAUGAUGAAGAUGAGGAAGAUGAGGAGGAGGAUUCCUCCUCCCCAGAAUAAAGACAAGAGAAAGCCUACGUGUCAAUAUGUGAUGCUCAUGUGUGUUUGUAGAGUGAGCUCUUGUUUUUGAAAUGAUUGCUUCAGUCUUUGCCUUUGUUUGCACUGUGUGUUCAGUGAAAACUAGAGAAACACAAUAAGCAAAUCACAUGAAGGCUGAGAUGAUUGAGAUGAAAGUUAACAUAGUGUGAAUGAAAGUCUGGCCAACAGAGCAGUAGAUGAUAUAACAAAGCAUGCUUUCUGAGGAGAUAGUGGGGAUAAUCCCUGAAGAGUUGGCAGUGUGAGUGUAACUCAUUUAUCUUCUAUGAGGUGGGAUUUUUGUGUUCCUCACACCCAUGUAAUUAUUCUUAGAAUUGAGAUUGCUACACGGAGCAGUCCUUGACGAUCGUGUUUCUGACGUUUCUCUUCCUUGCCUGGACUGCCUUUGACAAGGUAGAAAUGAACAUGAAAAGUCCCCAGGAGAGGGGAGCUGUGUAGUGAGGGAUACUGAGGGCAGUCCUGUGGCCGAGGGGCACAGAUUGAACUGCUGAACUAGUUGGAGGUCUAGAUGAGGUGCUUUACGCAUCAGCUGCCUUAGACAGCUUCUAGAAAGGAGCGAGCGCUACUUCUUAAGUACUUAAGUGACAUUUAGAUAAUUUAUAGUAAAACUGAAAUUAUUAUUAGCCAAUGCAUUGGUGCAUAGAAUUUCCUAGGGCUACUUCUGGAAGCCAAACUAGAAUAGCAUUUCCAUGUGCAUUAAAUACUUUGCCAGCACUGCCUUUUGCCAGCAUCCUAAAUCUGGAGUUUUACAAAGAAGGAAACUGUUAUCUUUAGGUUAAUCAAAGCUAUGCAUUUCAUAUAGCUUUUUCAUUUAAAACAAGACAAAGAAACAAACUCCUAUGACCAAAUUGCUUGCCUACAGUUCCCUGCAAUAAUUGUAUGAUCUCACCCAGUGUGCAAUUUGUGAAAAUGAACCAAAUGUCAUUACUUUUGUCUUCAAGAAAAGUCUAUUUCAAGAAUA